CAAAGUUCCUGAUUUGAUCUGACGUUCCUCGUUCAGUGCGCAAGUACAAGCCUUCCUUUUCCGAUUUCUUCAAAUUGUAGGUUUCCAAGAUGGGAGCUUACAAAUACAUCCAAGAAUUGUACCGCAAGAAACAAAGUGACGUGCUUAGGUUCUUACUGAGAGUGAGGGUAUGGCAGUACAGACAACUUACUAAGUUGCAUCGGGCCCCCAGGCCUAGCAGGCCUGACAAGGCUCGCAGACUGGGAUACAGAGCCAAGCAAGGUUUUGUCAUUUUCCGCAUUCGUGUGCGUCGUGGUGGACGCAAGCGCCCAGUACCCAAAGGUGCCACUUACGGCAAACCAAAGAGUCACGGAGUUAAUGAACUGAAACCGGUUCGUAACUUGCAAGCGAUUGCCGAGGAACGCGUUGGCAGAAGAUGCGGAGGUCUUCGCGUCCUGAACUCCUACUGGGUGGCCCAAGACUCCUCCUAUAAGUACUACGAGAUCAUUCUGGUGGAUCCUUCACACAACGCGAUCCGUCGCGACCCGAAGGUCAACUGGUUAGUGAACGCCGUGCACAAGCACCGCGAGUUACGCGGGAAGACCUCCGCCGGUCGAUCGUCUCGCGGUCUGGGCAAGGGACACAGGUACUCGCAGACUAAGGGCGGCUCCAGACGUGCCGCUUGGCUCAGGAGGAACUCCCUGCAAGUGCGCAGGAAACGUUAAUUGUAUUUUAAUUUUUUUGGUAAUAUAUUAAAAAUCGUCACAAGUUCAA